UAUCUUUCGAAGAGUCGCAAGAAACAAAUCACAAAAUGUUAUUUCUUAUAUAUUUGGUAAUUGCGAUAUCAGCUUUGGUGGUGUAUCUGCUGCACCGCAACAUGAACUACUGGAAGAGCCGGGGAAUAGCUCAAGAGCCCCCGCAUCCGAUUUAUGGAAAUUUGGUCGGAUUCAGAAAGAAUCGCAUAAUACAUAAUGCUUUGAACGAAUACUACAACAAAUUCCGAAAGACGGGUCACCCGUUUGUGGGUUUUAGCUUUAUUCAAAGGCAGAGCGCAUUCAUAAUGGAUAUCAAAUUGGCAAAGAAUAUUUUGAUUAAGGAUUUCACGAACUUUGCCGAUCGUGGACAGUUCCACAAUGAACGCGACGACCCACUCACUGGGCAUCUCUUCAAUUUGGAUGGCAAACGUUGGAGAGAGAUGCGACAGAAGCUUUCGCCCACUUUUACUUCUGGCAAGAUGAAGUUCAUGUUCCCGUCUGUUAUCAAAGUGUCCGAGGAAUUCGUUAAGGUUAUGCAGGAGGAAGUCCCAGCUAAGUCUGGAGGCGAUAUCAUCGAAAUUAAGGAUCUGAUGGCUCGGUUUACUACCGAUGUCAUAGGCACAUGUGCCUUUGGUAUUGAGUGCAACACCCUGCGCACACCCAUAUCUGACUUCCGAAAAAUGGGACAAAAGUCCUUCACUGAGAUGCGACAUGGAAUUUUCCUAACCGCAUUUAGCUUCAGUUUUCCCAAUGUCGCCCGAAAACUCCGUAUGCGGAUGAUUCCCGAAGAUGUUCACCAGUUCUUUAUGGGAUUGGUUCAGGAAACAAUAGCGUACAGAGAGAAGGAAAAAAUCAAGCGGAACGACUUUAUGGAGAUGCUCAUCGAGCUGAAGCAGAAGGGCAGCUUUACAAUGGACAACGGCGAAGUAGUCACAGGAUUGGACGUUGGUGAGCUGGCUGCCCAAGUCUUUGUCUUCUAUUUGGCGGGCUUUGAGACCUCCUCAUCAACCAUGACCUAUGGUCUAUAUGAGCUGGCCCAGCAUACCGAUAUUCAGGAUAAAUUAAGAGAAGAUAUUAAGGAUGUUCUGCAACAACAUGAUGGAAAACUGACCUACGAAAGCAUUAAAGCUAUGCGAUACUUGGAUCAAGUUAUUUCAGAAACUCUUCGCCUAUACACUAUUGUGCCUUUCCUCGAACGCAAGGCCCAGAAUGAUUAUGUUGUUCCUGGGCAUCCAAAAUACGUCAUAGAGAAGGGCACUCAGGUUAUAAUACCAGCUGCUGCCUACCAUAGGGACGAAGAUUUGUAUCCGGAUCCCGAGAAAUUCGAUCCGGACCGUUUCUCUGCCGAGCAAGUGGCAGCUCGUGACUCGGUUGAGUGGCUGCCAUUCGGCGAUGGUCCCAGAAAUUGUGUGGGCAUGCGUUUUGGCCAAAUGCAAACACGUAUUGGCCUGGCCCAGCUGAUAACGAACUUCAAGUUUUCGGUGUGUGACAAAACUGAUAUUCCGCUCAUCUAUGAUCCCAAAUCGUUUGUUCUGGGCACAAUCGGCGGCAUAUAUCUGCGUGUGGAGCGUGUUAAGAAUUGCGGGUUGGCUCGACUGCGCUCAGUGUUUGACCAGAAGCCAUUGAGAGCUGAACACAAAAUGUUGUUGUUUCUUGUAUAUUUGCUGAUCGGUUUAUCAGCUUUGGUUGCAUAUUUUUUGCACCACAACAUGAACUAUUGGAAGAUCCGCGGAAUACCCCAAGAUGCACCGCAUCCGCUCUAUGGAAAUCUGACUGGUUUCAGAAAGAAUCGUGUGCUUCACGAUAUUGUGGAGGAAUAUUACAACAAAUUCCGAAAGACGGGUCACCCGUUUGUGGGCUUCAACUUUCUGCAAAGGCGCAGUGCAUUCAUUAUGGAUAUCAAAUUGGCAAAGAAUGUUUUGAUUAAGGAUUUCACAAACUUUGCCGAUCGUGGACAGUUCCACAAUGAACGCGACGACCCACUCACUGGACAUCUCUUCAAUUUGGAUGGCAAACGUUGGAGGGAGAUGCGACAGAAGCUUUCGCCCACUUUUACUUCUGGCAAGAUGAAGUUCAUGUUCCCAACUGUCAUCAAAGUGUCCGAGGAAUUCGUUGAGGUUAUGCUGGAAGAAGUCCCAGCCGAAUCUGGAGGUGCUGUCAUUGAAAUCAAAGAUCUGAUGGCUCGGUUUACAACCGAUGUCAUAGGCACAUGUGCCUUUGGAAUUGAGUGCAAUACCCUGCGCACUCCCGAAACCGACUUCCGUAAAAUGGCACGUAAAGCCCUCGUCGAGUUGCGACACGGUCCGUUGCUGACGGCCUUCCACUUCAGUUUUCCCAAUUUGGCACGCAAACUGCGAAUGCGCAUGAUACCUGAUGAUGUUCAUGAGUUCUUUAUGGGACUGGUUCAGGAAACAAUAGCGUACAGAGAGAAGGAAAAUAUCAAGCGGAACGACUUUAUGGAGAUGCUCAUCGAGCUGAAGCAGAAGGGUAGCUUUACAAUGGACAACGGCGAAGUAGUCGCAGGAUUGGAUGUUGGUGAGCUUGCUGCCCAAGUCUUUGUCUUCUAUAUGGCCGGCUUCGAGACCUCUUCAUCAACCAUGAGCUAUUGUCUAUAUGAGCUGGCCCAGCAUAUCGAUAUUCAGGGCAGGUUAAGGGAAGACAUUCAAAAUAUUCUGCAGCAAUAUGAUGGUAAACUGACCUAUGAAAGUAUUUUAGCCAUGCGAUACUUGGAUCAGGUUAUUUCAGAAACCCUCCGCCUAUAUACUAUUGUGCCUUUUCUCGAACGCAAGGCUCUAAAUGAUUAUGUUGUUGCUGGACAUCCAAAAUACGUCAUAGAAAAGGGCACACAGGUCAUACUGCCUGCAGCUGCCUAUCAUCGGGAUGAAGACUUUUAUCCGGAUCCCGAGAAAUUCGAUCCGGACCGUUUCUCUGCCGAGCAAGUGGCAGCUCGUGACUCGGUUGAGUGGCUGCCAUUCGGCGAUGGUCCCAGAAAUUGUGUGGGAAUGCGUUUUGGCCAAAUGCAAACACGUGUUGGCCUGGCCCAGCUAAUAAGGAACUUUAAGUUUUCGGUGUGUGACAAAACUGAUAUACCGCUCAUCUAUGAUCCCAAAUCGUUUGUUCUGGGCACAAUCGGCGGCAUUUACCUGCGUGUUGAGCGAGUUUAGCUGGAAAUAUGUAAACUAGCUAAGCUCUGUGCUGUGUUUUCAAAUGC